AUGGCAACCGUGGCAUUGGAGAUGAGGCGGAGAUGCGCGCGGCGUGCCGGGCGAUUGCUGGCGCUGGCGGCUGUGGCUUGCCUGGGCCGAGCCUUUGCCGUUUGGCCUCUCCAAAGAAGAGGGGCCCGCACAGUGUCUUCGGCUUCGGUCGUGGCGGAGGUGGUGACGGAGCGGUUGGAUCACGUACUUCCGGUGGGCCCUGCCUGCCCCUUCCGAUCACCAGCCAUGGUGCAGGGGCACUUUGAGCAGGACAUGGCCAUGGUCAUGCUCAACGCUCAGGGCAAAGCAGGCGACUUUGAAGCGCUGGCGCGGCAGAUCCAAGCAGGCAUUCAACCUGAUCCCAGGCAGCAGCGGAAGGUGGGCUACGAUCUGAAGCAGCAGGGGGAGUUGCUCAAGAAGCUUCUGGACGGCAUGGAGACGUCCUCGGACUUCCAGGUGAUGGAGACCUUCGUGGUCAUGGAGACCAAAGCGGUAAAGAUGGGCGCGCCCUCUGCGCGCACGGUGGAGAAGAUGACCAACUGGCAGGGCACCGCCAUCGUGGCAGAAGCCGAGGGCAUGAUGGUGCCUCCACCCCCCGAAGGUGUGGACCCCGUGGCUCUGGCGCGCGCCACGCCUUCUGGUGCGCAGGGCUUCCUGAGUGCGCCCAACGCGCCCCGGGUGCUUCCCUUCGAGGAGCCUGGCUUCCCGGACACCGUGGAGGGCCAAGAGCUGAAGGCCCGCUACUUGAAGCUGGUGGAUGAGCACUCGGAGCUUGUGACCUUUGGGGAGAAGUAUGGGGGCUUCGACCAGGCCGGCAAGGAGUUUUACCUGGACCGCAUGGAGGAGCUCACGGAGCGCUGGAGCUCGGUCAUGAGCGCGGCGAGUAUGAUGGGCAUGAAGCCCGUCCGCGCCUACGAGGCAUACUCUGAGGAGUACCUGAGCCAGUCCGGUCUGUCGCCCGAAACCUUCCGAGACCUGGCGCGGGACUCGAGGAUGGAUCACCGAAGAGCGGGGUUUGGGCGGGAAGGCGCGGGUGUCAGCGCAAGGUCAAAGAGGGCUGCGGACAUGUUUGUGGAAACUUAG